AUGGCUGACGCAUUUAACAAACCUGCACCCUUAUCCUUUGAAGAAGACAUCGCAGACAACUGGUGGCAAUUUGAACUCGAGUUUUGCAUAUUCGUGGAAGCAGCACACGCUGACAAGAAUGCCUUGGGCAUGGUGAAACUUGACAUCCAUGAUGUGAAAGCUGAAACAAGAAUGACCAAACAGGAUAUAAUUGACAUAUACCCUAAAUUGUUUGAUGGUAAACUUGGAAACUUGCCUGUGUCGUAUGAUGCGCAAUUUGAUCCUGAUGUAUCUCCGGUAGUCAGAACUCCACGUCGAGUUCCUGCACCUACAAGAGAAAAGAUAAGAGCAGAAUUAAACAAAAUGAUUGAAGAAGGAGUGAUAGCUCCAAUAAACGAACCAACUGAUUGGGUGUCUGCAAUGGUAGUGGCAAAGAAAAAGGGUUCGGACAGUGUGCGGAUAUGUAUUGACCCCAAAGAUCUCAACCGUGCAUUGAUGAGACAACAUUAUCCAAUAAAAAUGAUUGAGGAAAUAAUGUUCAGAAUGCCAUCAGCGAAGAUAUUCACCAAAAUGGACGCUUCAAAAUGGUUCUGGCAGAUACCUUUGAUACAUGAGACUUCAUUGCUUACCACCUUUACCACGCCAUUCGGCAGAUAUCGUUACUUGUGCAUGCCGUUUGGUAUCACCUCAGCAAGUGAGGUAUUCCAGAAGAACAUAGACAUGCUUUUCAGUGGUCUGCUAUGA